AUGAAUCAACCCGGUUGUUUGCCUGUGACAGCCAAAAUGCAAAGCAAAGCAAAGAAAGUGUUGGACGAAGCCCGUGAGACGAAGAAUCGCGAAAUAGAUCUGGUGGACCGUAAUAUUUCCAACUUCGAGGAAUUACCUGGAUUGCUAAAUAUGGUGUUUGUGACGAGAAUAACGCUGAGCCACAACAAACUAAAGAGUGUUCCGCCCGGCAUAGCGAACCUGAUAAACCUGGAAAUUUUGAACCUGUCCAACAACCAAAUCGUCGAACUGCCGCUGUCUUUAUCGUCGAUGCCGAAACUCCGAAUUUUGAACUGCUCCAUCAACAAGCUCGACACGUUGCCCCGGGGAUUUGGAGCGUUUCCGGUGCUAGAGGUGUUGGAUCUUUCGUACAACAACUUGAAGGAGAGCGUUCUGCCAGGAAAUUUCUUCAUGAUGGAUUCGCUUCGUGCUCUCUAUCUCGGCGACAACGAGUUUGAGUAUUUGCCGCCGGAGAUAAAAAACCUGAAAAACCUGCAAAUCCUUGGUCUGCGCGAUAAUGAUCUGCUGGAGUUACCGCGUGAAAUUGGGGAACUGACGCGCAUCCGUGAGCUGCACAUUCAGAACAAUCGGCUGAGCUUGCUGCCCCCGGAGGUCGCCAAUCUAGACAUGCCGGGACCGAAGUCGGUGCUGAAGAUGGAGGAAAACCCGUGGGUGACGGCUAUUGCGGAACAGUAUCUGGUCGGAAUCAGCCAUGUCUUGGAGUACAUCAAGACCGAGGCGUACAGGAUCCUCUACAAUCGCCAUACGUCGGGCAGCAAAUCUUCGGGCAACAUUCCGCCAAAAUCGGACAAAUCCAAAAAGGCUUCCAGGGCUCGCUCUUAAGGAUGCCGGUUCGCGAAAGUCUCCGGUGACCAAAUGUUAUCUAUGUGCCUUCUCCAUCCAUCCUUCCAUCCACGACGGAAUGCUGUUUCUUUGUCUUAACCGUCCUGUGAGGGGAUCGCAGCCAAGUAUCGUUUCGGACAGAAUUUCUCAGUGCGAGGAAUUCUUUGUGAAGUGAUGUUCUGCGACGAAGGUUUAAUGUUUGUACUAAUCUUACUAAACGCCUGGCAAAUUCUGCAUAUGGCCGGUUCAGUCGUGCAGCUGUAGCUUUGCACAUAGUUUUAAACUAAUUUAAUUAACUUUGACUUAGCGUGCCAAGAAGGACACAGAUUGUGUGUGCGAUGCACAACAACGUUUUCUUCCGCCUUCGAUCCGUCAGUGCCUUUAAUUGCUAACAUCCAGCGUGGCAAAGUGACUAGCAAAGAAAUGCAAUUAAAACCGGUAAUAAAAUGGA